UCCACCUUCGUACCAACACCCAAGUGGUUCUUUAGAAAGAGAGAGAAAGAGAGAGCGUGAGAGAGAGAUUUAUAAGCUUCUCUUUGGGUUACAACUUUUUUUUGUGAACAUAGAAACACUCAAAACUUUAAAAAAUGGGAGAGGAGGAGAAGAAACCAGAAGCAGCAGAGGAGAAGAAAAUGGAGGAGAAGAAACCAGAAGCAGUAGAGGAGAAGAAAGGAGAAGAAAAGAAAGCGGAGGCUGAUGAGAAAAAAGGAGAAGAUUCUGAAAAGAAAACUCAAGAAGGAGAAUCGACUAAAGACUCCAAAGAAGAUUCUCCUCCGGCGGCGGCGCCGGAGGCUCCAGAACCACCUCCUCCGCCGCAAGAAAUCGUCCUUAAGGUUUACAUGCACUGUGAAGGCUGUGCUAGAAAAGUCCGCCGUUGCCUCAAAGGCUUCGAAGGAGUGGAAGAUGUGAUGACUGAUUGUAAAACGGGGAAAGUGGUGGUGAAGGGAGAGAAAGCCGACCCAUUGAAAGUAUUGGCCAGAGUUCAGAGGAAGACCCACCGUCAAGUUGUGCUUGUUUCUCCGAUUCCUCCGCCAUCUCCGCCGCAGGAGAAGAAAGCAGAGGAGGAAAAGCCUAAAGCAGAAGAAAAGAAAGUGGAGCCUCCUGUAGUGGUUACGGUGGUCCUCAAGGUUCACAUGCACUGCGAAGCCUGUGCGACGGAGAUCAAGAAACGGAUCAUGAGAAUGAAAGGAGUGGAAUCUGCUGAAUCCGAUUUAAAGGGUUCUCAAGUGACGGUGAAAGGAGUGUUUGAACCGCAAAGGCUAGUAGAAUACGUUUAUAAGAGGACUGGCAAACACGCUGCGAUUAUGAAAAUUGACCCACCGCCUCCACCGCCACCGGAAGAGGGGGCGGUUGCGGCGGCGGAAACAGAGAAGAAGGAAGAAGAAAAAGGAGAAAAUGGCGGAGGAGAAUCCAAAGGCGAGGAAGGGAAGGAUGAGAAGGCAAAGACGGAUGAAGAAAAGAAAGAAGGGGAAGGUGAAGCGGCGGAGAAUGGCGGAGGAGGAGGAGGCGGUGGCGGUGGAGAGGAAGAUGGAAAAGUUGUGGAGGUGAGAAAAAUAGAGAAUCCUUAUUACUACUAUUAUUACCAACCGCCGCGUGUGGCCAUUCCACCUAUGGAAAUGCCGCCGCAUGCUUAUCCGCCUCAAAUAUUCAGCGACGAGAAUCCAAACGCAUGUACCGUAAUGUAACAACGAAAACCGCAAACGCUAUAGGGUAUAAUGGGGAAUAUUUUGAACAAUUUUUGAUCAAGUGGAUACAUGCGGCCUUUGCUGUCUCUCUUUGCAUGUGGUUUUCUUUUCUUGCGUUUGUGCAGCUUUUUUUUUUAAGUGUAAUUUACAUUAAAAACUCGGCAAUUACGAAUUUUUAAUGGAUAUAAUCAUAUAAGCAAUAAACAAAUAAUUGUAACUAAAAUA